AUGAACCACGCCGCUUUCCGGAUCACUGGUGUAUCGCUUCCAACCCCCCCUUGGCCCGAUAACCCUGUCCAAUCGGCCGCAGUGCUUCUUAAUCCGGCAAACGAAAAGAGGCUCGGUCAGCACAGUGACCUCAGGACCGUGCGAGACCGCCAGCGCCGCAUCUACGUCAACCUCGUCGUGCUCUUCCGUCUUGUAACCCGCUGCCAGCACCUAGCCUUUGACCGCGACGAAUUUUGGCCUUUCAUCGCCCGUCACUGGUCUAUAACCAAAGCCGGCCCCAAGAAAGUGGAGGAACUCGUCGACAUCUACGCCACACGCCGCCGCGCCUAUUUAAAUCUCAAAAGGAAGCAUCUGCAUAGAGACCUUCUGACAGACCUUAUCGAUGCAUGGAACUCCAGAGACCCGCAUCUUUCGCCCUCUCUUUUCCCACCCUUCGCUCGCUCCCAAUCCCGUCCAUCCGGCCACGAAUUACACCUUAAGCCCCAAAACGCCCACCCAACGCUUCCCGAGAAAGCUAUUGACGAUCUCAUCCAAUCCGAAAGCCACAAGCGCAGGUUCGGUCUUGAAACUCCUCCCAGUUCUGCGAAACGCCAAUGCGUCCCAAGGCCAGAGUCGCCUCCUCAUCUCCUACCACUAGAGCAGCAGCGUGUUCCGGAGACACCGAACACACUUGAGUCCCUCAGGGUUCCUCGGCUAGAUAAACAGGACACCCAGGAGACACCCACCAGCAGAGGCCCGAAGGCCGCGCAGGACGUGGACCAUAACGUUGCGGACACGAUACAAGCGGACCCAGGCUCAUCUGUCAAUGGCGAAGCUCAACCUUGCCCUGGACAGCGAACCGCAAGUCCGACAUAUGAUAGUGAGCUCUUGAAGACCCUGGAAACACGGAUCCAAGAACACGACCGAGAGGUAAAAAUGUUGAAGGAACAAACGGAUCUUUUCCUCGAAUCCGAAGAGCUCUCGCGAGACGUCCGGACAGCCCAUGACCAGUUAUCUAUAUUCACGGCAUCUCAGUGCCAGAAGGCACUGGAACGACUAGACGAGCUCAGUAGCCAUAUUAAUGGCAUGGGUGAAGAGGUUAUGGCUUGCCGUAGGGCCGGCCAAGAUUUUCAAGUGUUACACGGGAGCCUCAUCGACGGGUAUAAAACCGACCUCAAAUCCGUCAACUCGGGCUUGAAAGAGGUUCAGAAGACGCUGCUGACACAGAGAGAAUUGCAACAUACCCAUGAGAAGAGUACACAAGACGCGGAGGCUCGGCUGUCACAGUUGGAAACCAAACUCGAGAAUCCUGCUGGCAUUUGGUUGCAAAUCAAGGAAGGCAUCGAAUCCCGACUGUCCGUCCUGGAAACCCAAGUCAAAGAACAAGUGGCAGCACCACCAUCGAUUCGCAAAGAAGCCGACGAGCGUAUUGAGAACAUUGAAACGACUUCUUCGAGUCAUUGGUACAAAGACGAAUUCGAGGCCCGUCUCCAGACAAUGGAGGAGUCAAUCACGGUUAACACAACCUUGAUCAACAACUGUAGAACACUCGUCGAAGUCAGCAAGACAUCACUGGGUCAGCACCUCGGGAGCCUCGGUAGCCGUAUCCAAUUGCUAGAACAUCGCUUUAGCAACCACGUUGCUGUUCAAACUAAAACAAACAACGAACAGGCUAAGCGGCUAGAGCUGGUUGAAGCUGAGUUGAAAAUGUACAAACAAGCAGCAUCCAGCCAGUCGCAACAGAGGCCUACGCGUCCAACAGGGAGCAACUUUGCUGACUUUCAGGCUCAGCUGAACGCGUUGAGGAAUUCCUUGGCAAUUGUUGCCCGGAACCAGAGGGUUGAUCAGACCAAAACUGUUGUGGCAAUGCCAUCACCACCCGUCAGCCAGGUUGCUUUCGAUAACCUAUCCCGGCCUAGUCAGAGCAAACCUUCAGCAAGCUCGGUCCAGAUCACAUCUGAUCAUUCGGCGGUGAAAGAGGAGUCGUAGGUUC